CCGUGUAUUUCCACUGGACGCGCGAAAAGUGGGAUCGAGAAGACGUUGUUGGACGAACGGAGAGGAGGAUGGACCAUGGAAAUUCCGACAUACACGAACCAUUGAUUCCCUCCGAUUCUCCUUCGAAUUCCAGCUAUCAAAUUCCAUUGCCAGUCCCCACGUUUCCAUCGCCAUGGUGUCCAAUUCGGAGUAGAACGGAGGCUAUGGGGGCGUCAAAGCUAGAGAAUAUACGGUUCUCCACAAUUGUUUUGGGCAUUUCCAAUGCCGCCGUCGCCCUUCUUGGCGUAUUCCUCGUCGUCGUUGUUUAUCCCGCUUGUGAACGCCAAUAUAUCCUCCCCUUUGUGGGGGUCUCCGUUGUUUCAUGCAUCAGAAUCGUUGCCAUGGUUCAGAGCGGCAUUGCUCAGGAGGCUACGGCCAGAACCAUUCUUGAAUCUCCUGGUGAUACUGCUGCUGUUGUCGACACCGUUAUGCGUCGCGAGAGACGGUUGAGGUAUAAAAAAUGGCUUUGGUGGACCCGUUUUGCUCUAGUCAUCGUAAUGCUGCAAUUGGGGGGAGCAGUUUACUUAAUCUACCAUAUGGCAAACUACAUUGCUCAUGAUGAAACUUCAACUGGCUGUGCUUUAGUGGUGGCCUCAAAUCAAAGAUGGUUGAAACGAAAGUUACUGGUUUUAUUUACAAUCUUGAUGUGCUUUGUUGCACUGGUUCAGUGUUUUGCUGGUAUGGAUGUUCUAAGGUGGAGGUCAUUUUAUGCAACUCAAGAUCAUGCAUGGAAAGCACACUACAGUGAGAUGUUUGAUCAUGGAAUUCGUGAGGCAUUAUGCUGUAUGGGACGUUCCAAAUACUUGAGCGUCAUGGAAGAAGAUGAGGUCUUCUCAGUGGCACAAUUAUUGGGUGAUCUUGUUGCUUACCGUUCUUCUGGCACAGGGCAUUUUGAAUUUUUGGCAGGUCUUGCUUUAUUGCAGAGGCAUGGCCAGCAAGUACAAAUCUCUGAAGAGCUCAUGGAGGCACCUAUAGAUAAAAUUGAGGAAGCUGCUGUUCUUCAUAAAUUUGCUGAAGCAGCUUACACAGGGCCAUUGCUUGAUUUUGGAAGAAACCCUCUCUCAUUUCCUUGUGCAUGGGUAUAUCGACAAGGGAUAUUUACUCCAUGGACUCGUAACAAGCGGCCUGUACUCCAUGGCGAUAACUGGUGGAGAGGCCAUGCUGCAGCCUUUCUUAAAUAUGUCAAAUUAUCACCUGAAGUACUUCGAAGAGGGCGUGUUAACCAGUCAAAGUGUGAAGCUGCAUACUUCGUUCUGGUUCUACAUGAUGUGAAAUGUGUAGUAAUUGCCGUAAGAGGAACUGAGACGCCUGAAGAUCUCAUAACUGAUGGCUUAUGUAGGGAGUGCGCACUUUCUGAAGAAGAUUUGGACGGGCUGAUUAAUGGCGAUAUUCAACCCAAUGUGAAGCAGAGGAUUAUGUCAUCCUUCCCGCACCAUGCCCAUUCCGGGAUUGUUGAGGCUGCUAGGGAUUUAUAUAUGCAAAUUGAAGGAAAUUGUAGAGAUAACGAUGGGGCAGGAUCUGAACCAUGCGGCCUUCUUUCUUCAUUGCUGGGUCCUGGGUGCGAGUGUGAUGGUUACCAGGUUCGCAUUGUAGGGCAUUCCUUAGGAGGGGCUAUUGCAGCAUUACUUGGACUAAGAUUAUACAGUCGGUGCCCCAGCUUACAUGUUUAUGCAUAUGGGCCGCUUCCAUGUGUAGAUUCAAUAAUAGCAAAUGCUUGUUCAGAGUUCGUGACUAGUAUUGUGUUCAACAAUGAAUUUUCAUCUCGACUUUCGGUUGGAUCAAUAUUGCGUCUUCGUGCUGCUGCAAUUAAAGCACUGUCAAAAGACACCAAAGAUAAGUCGACACCAGUUUUCGAGCUUGCUCGUAGAUUCCUUUAUGUAAGUCAGAAAGAUGGGAUAGAGAGAAAGAAUUCUCAAUCAGAAAAGUAUCCUAGGGAAAUUCAGGCUGAUGACCAGGGAAUCUCCACUAGUUAUCAGCAGAAUGAGAGUAGAGUGGACAAGAAUGAAUGCCAAGAAUUCUCUCUCUUAGCAGAGAAUCAAGCCAAAGAAAACGAUACAACGGUUGAACGUGAUGAGUUCUCAAAUUCCGAUGCUCUGGUAUCCCAAUUCAUUGAAGCGGUUGAAGGAUCUGAUAACAACAAGAACUUGACUGAGGAUUUCUCAGAGAUGUAUCUUCCAGGCCUUUUAAUCCAUAUAGUUCCUAAAGAAAGAAGGUUCACUUUACCUUUCUUGAACAGCUUGAGGUGCCAAGGUGUUGCAGAUGAUUAUAAAGCUUAUGUUGCAAGCAGAGAGAACUUCAAAGACAUUAAGGUGUCGCCUUCAAUGCUCUUAGAUCACCUUCCUUGGAGAUGUCACGCUGCUUUGCAAAGGCUUUUGGAUGCUGAAACCGCCAAAGGUUCGGUUCAUGAAACUCUGAAUGUGUAAAUAAAAGAACACACUUGAAGUGAAUUGGGAACAUUAUUUGAAAAUAAUAUUAACUAUAAAAUCAUACUUCUUUCAA